UUGCGCAGGAAACUCACCUGGUUUCUGGCCGGAUGCUCCCACAUUUGGGUUCGGCUCUCUCUUGCAACCAACUGGAAUUUCUGCGACAGCUUCAUUUGAAUGAAAAAACAGGAGUGGGUGGGUGAGGUUCUGUAGCUUGCGAUGUGCAGGAGGUCAGAGUAGGGAAUCAGGAAGGAACCUUUUGGCUUUAAAGUCCAGGAGAAGAGUUGAGUGCAUUUCUGAUGGCUGCCACCUUGGCUAACAUGCUGCGGAUUGAACUGGGGACCUCAACAUCUGAAAGCACAAGUUGCUACAGCUUGAGCUAGAAGAGCUGGGGGCUGUAACAAGUUGUAUUCUGGGUAGAUCAGCACAGAGUGGGAUCUCCUAACUCGCACUCUCCAGUCGUGAGACAUUCAGUCUCGGGGUUCAGCAGCUGCCCCCCACGGCGAGCGUCCCAGCCGGGGGCAGCGUCACCCUGAGCUGCACCUUCCAUAGCCGCAACCAGACCGGGACACAAGUCACCUGGGCCAGGGGCUCCCGGGAGGCCGUCGUGCUGGAUCCCGCCCACCCCUUCUACCAGGGGCGGCUGGCCCAGAGCCAGCGGGACCAGCAGGGCCGGGCGGAGGCCACGGUGACCCUGUCGGAGCUGAUGGAGAGGGACUCGGGUCUCUACCACUGCUACAUCACGUACCCGCAGGGCGAGCAGGCGAAGGGCACCGGGACCACCCUGACUGUGAUGGGCACAGCUGUUGCAGAAAUUCCAGCCGGCUGCAAGAGAGCGCUGGUCCCAAAUCUCGGAGCGUCCGGCCAGAAACCGGCUGGUCUGAGAGUUUCUCAGGAGCCCAGGUCCCUCCACGCCACAGCCGGGGAGAACGUGACCCUGAGCUGCACCUUCCAGAACAGAAACGGCAGCAGAGCCAAGAUAAUUUGGCUCAGGGGAUCCGCAGAGGAUCUGGAGCUGGAUUCUAACCACCCCUUCUACCGGGGGCGGCUCCGUGUGUCCAGGAUGGACGAGCACAGACAGGGGAAGGCGACGCUGACCCUGGCUGAGCUGCAGGAGCGGGACUCUGGCCUCUAUCAGUGCUGCAUCGAACUCGACCGUGGGGAGACAGGGAUGGGAGGAGGCACCGAGCUGAGAGUGAUGGGGAGACACCAGAGUGCGACUGGGGCUCCAGCGGGACGUGAGCUCUGUCGGGACUCGGGGCCCCUCGUUUACCGAGCCGUCAUCUCCCUGUCGCUCGUCGUUCUCUUCUCCCUGGGAAUCAUCCUCAGCCUGCGGCCUUGGAAUGGUACCGGCUCCACACGGGUUCCGCCUUCACUUCCUGUCCCAAACGGUUACAUGGCAUCAUUAUGCGUGCUGGUAACCAGCCCCUGCCCCACCCCAGAGCCAGCUGCUUCUCAGCACUAUGCGAGUGAUCCCCAUGUAACCAGCUCCUGCCCCACCCCAGAGCCAGCUACUUCUCAGCACUAUGCGAGUGAUCCCCAUGUAACCAGCUCCUGCCCCACCCCAGAGCCAGCUGCUUCUCAGCACUGUGUGAGGGAUCCCCAUGUAACCAGCUAGUGCCCCACCCCAGAGCCAGCUGCUUCUCAGCACCAGACAAGGGGUCCCUGUAUAACCAGCCCAUUCACCCCACCCCAGAGGGGCCGUGUCUCAGCUCUGGGUGAGGGGUCCCUGUAUAACCAGCCCCCACGUUCUACCCCAGAGGUGGCUGCAUUCCAUCCCCAGUGGAAUCAGUCUCUCUGUGGUAUUUAUAGGGCUCCAUCCCCAUAGCAUUUCCCCCCAGUGUGUUCGGUGAUGCUCUCGUUCUGUUUCCCAGGUGUCCCCGUGGAUCCCGCGGUGGGUGCUGGCUCCAAGCCGCGCCCGGCACCGGGCCAGAUGUCUCUGAUUUAGCCGAUCAGGGGGCCGGUCACCAGCAGGAUUUUCCCAGCUCCGGGUUCAGAAGCCGUCAGACUUCGCUGGACUCUGAGCUGCCCGCUGGGGGCUCCUGUGGGGCUGGGGACUUCUCCGCUCUCCUCUGCUUCUGUCUGUGGGUCUGGCCGGUACAGCUUGGGUCUGAGAAGAACAGUAAAGAAAAGGAAAUAUUUCUCCAGAGUCAUUCCUCGGGGGACAAUAUUUUUCCAUUUACAAAUCUACACUGAACGCUGUAAUGGAGUCGGCCACCAGAAAACCCGAAUUCGAGAGAAAACCUACCUGGUUUAUACAGGACAAAACUGUCUGGAGCAGGCUUGAUUGGUUAGAAGGAAUUUGCCGCUUGAAAGAGAGACAUGUUGCAAAAAAUAAAUAUAUUUCAAUGUGUGGAAAUAAAAUCUGUUACGCAAACAUUC